AUGAGAGUCAACAGUUUUGUAUUGGCUGUCACAGCCUUUUCAGCUGUAGCUGAAGCUAUCCCAUCUACUUCGUAUGUUGAUUGGAAGACUUUCAAGGCUACGGGAGUGAACCUUGGUGGCUGGCUGGUUCAGGAGGCUGUCCUCGAUGCUGGGUUCUGGGAUACGUACGGCGGCAACACCACUGACGAGUGGGGUUUAUGCGUUCGGCUCGGCUCACAAUGCGGUCCGGUAUUGGAGAGGAGAUAUGCAACCUUCUUUCGACCAUCCGACAUUGACAAAUUGGCCAAGGCUGGUGUCGAAAUUCUGCGCAUCCCAACCAACUACGCCGCUUGGAUUAAGGUUCCCGGAUCUCAGUUGUACAACGGAAACCAAGUCGAAUUUUUGAGGACGAUUGCGACAUACGCCAUUACCAAACACAACAUGCACAUUGUUAUCGAUAUUCACUCCCUUCCUGGCGGGAUUAACGGUCUCGGUAUCGGGGAGAAAGACGGGAGCUAUGGCUGGUUCAACAAUCAAACUGCUCUGGACUACUCUUACCAGGCUGUCGAUGCCGUGGUACGAUUUAUUCAAGACUCAGGAUCUCCUCAAUCCUACACCCUUGCACCUAUCAAUGAGCCAGUCGACAACCGCGAUUUCUCCAAGUUCGGUACGCCUGAAGCGCUCAGUGAGAGUGGCGCUGCAUGGGUGGCGAAAUAUAUUAACGGAGUCCUCGCCCGAGUUCGAGUCGUGAACCCACAUAUUCCGGUCAUGUUUCAAGGCAGCUUUCGGUCCGAGUCUUUCUGGUCACCGUACUUCGACGCUGGCGAGAAUCUUGUUUUUGACGAACAUCACUACUACUUUGCUGGUAGGCCGACUACCUCGGAGAAUUUACCAAGCUUCAUCUGUGAAGAUGCCAAAAGUUCUGUUGGAGAUGGCAAGUUUCCGGUCUUCAUCGGCGAAUGGUCAAUUCAAGCGGUGAGCAACAACACCUUCGCUAGUAGGGCAAGGAACCUGAACAGCGGAUUGUAUGCCUGGUCCAAGUACACGCAGGGUAGCACCUACUGGACGGCAAAGUUUUCGGGGGACGCCCCUGUCGAUGGGCAAGGGACCCAGAGCGACUACUGGAAUUACGAAGGAUUUAUUGACUCCGGGUUCAUCAAGCCAACUUCUGCGGAUGGGUUUUGCCCUUAG